AUGUUUAAGUUUUACUUAAAUAAACUAAAAUUCUACCUAGAAAUAAUAGUUUCUAUAACUUUGAGUGUAACAUGUAUAUAUAACUUUCUAAAUUCACCAACAUAUGUUUGUUUUUUGAUCAGUUGCAACGGUGAAUUGUCAACAUCUGUAAAAUCUGCGUUUCCUCGAUUAAUUGCCAUUGCAUGCCUAGUUUCUAAAAUUACAGAUAUGUUCAAAAAUUUAACUUAUUAUCCCAAAUAUAAUAAAAAAAUCGAAGAAUAUGAACUUUAUUUUCCAAUAAUUGUUUCCAAAAAAUCAUCUAGGAAUAUUUUCAUUAUAUUUAUUGGAUUUGCAUAUAUCAGUAUCAUACUGCCAUUAAAUAUAAUAAGACUUUAUUUAAUUUAUUAUAAUUUGCAAAAAAUUAACACAUUAAUUUUUUUUACAUUGAUGUACUUACAAAAUUUGAGCAUUUGCCUGAUAGAAAUAUAUUUUAUUGUGCGUUGUUUUGGAUUAUUUCAAAAAUUUCAAACUAUCAAUGAGGAGUUAGCUCUAUUGAAAUCAAAAACUAUAACUAAAAACAAAUAUCCAGCGGUGUUACUAAAUGAAGUACAUAGUAGAAUUAUUAAUAAUUCACAAUGUCAUACGUUAGUUAAUAGUAUUGAAUUACUUAGAAUGAAGCAUCAGUUUGUUAGAAGUGCUUUACGCGACCUUAAUAAGUUGUACGGAACUCAAAUGGGGUCGUCCUUAGUUUACUUAUUUAUUAUGGUUUUAUUCGAUAUCUACGGAGAAGUAAUCACUAAAGAUUCAAAAACAAGAUCCAAGAUAUUUAUUUACGGAUGGUUAUUGCAAUACGCAUUCAGAUGUCUUGCAAUUAUUAUUACAACACAUUUCACCACAAAACAAGCUUACAGUUCAAAAAUGCUUAUAGCUGAUAUAAAUAAUCGAUAUUUAGAUAAAACCACAAAGGAAGAGUUAUACUUAUUUUUUAAUCAAAUAUAUCAUCAUUCAGUGGAAUUUACUUCGUGCGAUUUCUUCACACUACACCCCCAUCUUAUAACUACUGCUUUUGCUAUUGGAACAACUUAUCUUGUUGUAUUAUUACAAAUUCAUUAAACAGUAUAAAUUGAAUAUAAUCAACAUCAGUU